CGUUCCCGUCCGGUGAACGCGAUCCAGAUGAAGGUCCUGUGAGCAAGCAGUGCUAAAGUGGAAGGUUUGCAGCACAAGACUUAUGUCAACGCUGGAAUUGAUGAAAAAGCAGUGUUUCACAUCAGGGACACUGUCCUCUGCUUCUCUAAAAAAACGAUUUAUCAGAAGGGGAAGAGUCGCUCCGAAGGCCAACUCCAAAGAUGUGAACACAGACUGUCAUUUGUGCAGGUGCUUCAUAGUCUCCAAAUCUGUUCGACGGAUUCUGACAGUGUGCCUCCUCUCUUUCCUGGCCCUGCUUGGUUCUGUAUCCAUUGACCUCAGCUCCAAUUUUGAGUUGCUCCACUCUACAGAGGCUGCUUAUGAAGAGCUGGCAUCAUGCAGGACAGUAGCCAUCUUGGACCUGGUCAGUAAGCUUCAAAUGAUGCGGCAUCUUUUAAGCAAAGACAUGGGAAAUGAGACGUUCAAUGCCAGUGUUUCUGCGGUUGUAGUGCCCAUGUUGAAUCUGUGUGAUGACGUAGUGGGCCUUGGCAAUGGCUAUGGGCUCCAUUGCCAUGUUGAGGUGGCUGAAUUUUGCCAGGAGAUUGAAAGAAGUGCUCACGCAUUGUUGAACGCUUCAUUGGAUACAAACGGAACGAGAGAAAACGACGCCUCUGCUCUGAAUGUGUUCAUUGGAGGACUUCUUGAUAUGUGGGCUACAGAAGAAGACACUGUAAGCAAAGCCAGACAUGACUCAAACUGGAGAGAUGUUUUAUCUGCAAGACUUCUGCUCACAUUUAUAGAGCUCAACCACCAGUUAAUGGACUUUCCCCAUAUGGCAGCGCUGCCUGUCUUCCAGGAAAAGUGGAUUUAUGUAUUAAAGCACCUGAGCUUCGCUGCACUCAUGACAGAACAACUGCAUGACUGCUGGUUAGAGAACAUAGAUGCAAAGUUCAACUCAAGCCAGUAUUUCAAACACAUCUUCAACACAAAUCUUUGGGAGAUCACGGACUCAGGCAAAGAGCUGUCCGGGUCCCACGCUGGACUCCAAGCUCUGACCGACACUCAGCAGUGCUUGUUUGGUCGUGCGGUGCCAGUACUCAGAAUGACAUCUCGCUCGGUGUCUUCGGGCCUCAGUAUGAAGAUCAGUCUACUGGCAAUUGCCUGUCUCAUCUACCCGGUGGUCAUGUUCUCUUUCAAGCAAAUGACUGAGUGGAUACAAAACUAUGCACACAAUUUAACAGAGAAGACAGAGGACCUGAGACGUCAAAGGAAGCUGGCUGAAGAUCUCCUGCACCAAAUGCUGCCAAAAUCAGUAGCCAAACAGCUCCGCCGGCAAAAACAUGUGGAGGCGGAGAGCUAUGAGAAGGUGACCAUUUUCUUCUCGGACAUUGUUGGUUUCACCUCCAUCUCAGCCUCCUGCACUCCUCUACAAGUCGUGGAGAUGCUCAACAACCUGUACAUUUGCUUUGACACACGAAUCGACUCCUAUGAUGUAUACAAGGUUGAAACAAUUGGGGAUGCAUACAUGGUGGUGAGUGGCCUUCCCGAGAGGAACGGGGACAGACAUGCAGACGAGAUUGCCAAGAUGGCUCUGGAUCUGGUUACGGCCGUUCGACAGGUGUCUAUUCCUCACAUGCCCAACCAGAGGCUGCAGCUCCGAGCUGGAAUCCACACAGGUCCUUGUGUGGCAGGAAUAGUGGGCUACAAGAUGCCUAGAUACUGUCUGUUUGGGGAUACGGUGAAUACAGCAUCUAGAAUGGAAUCCACUAGCCUGCCUCAAAAAAUCCACACUAGUUCCGAAACCUACUUGGCCCUUAUCAAAGACUACGCUUAUGAGCUGCAGCUUCGUGGCGAAAUUGAAGUCAAGGGUAAAGGCAAAAUGUACACGUACUGGUUGAUUGGCCAUAAGAACUACAGUGUCCAGAAUGACAGUCUGGUUUGCCACUGGAAUCCCAACAUGGCGAUGAAAAAGAAGACCGAAGCAAGCUGUGAUGUCUCUGUGGGAAAUUCAUCAGUGACAGUGCAGAGCCUCAAUGAAAACACCACCACCCCGUUGCCCAAUCACACGCCACCGCAGCCUCGAUCCGAGAAAGCGGACCUGAGUGUGGCGGCUCAGAUGGGGCCUUCAGGCAGCAGCCGUGCCACCCUGGGCUCCAUGAUUGGGGGACUACAGGGAGGGAACGAGUCCUCUUUGCCCACUCAGUGCAGAAGCAGCAGUGGUGAAGACAAAUGGGACAUUCUGCCUGGCUCCACAAACAACAACAACAACAACAACAACAAACUCAGUCAUUACUGGAACUUAUAUAACGGAAUAAUAAGGGAUUCAUAAAGAAUCGUCUCUACAUACAUAUAGUUUUGAUCUUUUUUUUUUUUUAUACCAUUGCCUUUUAUUUAAUCUGUCAAAAUUAUUCGUUACACAUGCCCAUUUUCCAAAGUGUUUUUUGUUUUGGUUUUUGUAAACAGCUUCAGUCCUAUGCCCACCAGAGGGACCCCAAGAGCACCUGGAUCAACCACUCAGGCCAGGAACCCCAACAAUUUCUUGUCCCAAUUUAGGGUUGCAACAACACCAUCUAAUUCCUCCUCAAUUUAAACAUGGGAGAACCGUAUUACUUUGUGUAAUCUUGAUGGACAUCCACUCACAAGCUUGGCCUUUUCAACGAAACAUAAUACUGCCGUUGUCAUCUAUCAUCAUAGAAUGCUUUGAAUUAUUUCAUGGGAUGUUUUGUUGGGUGUCAGCCAUUUCAAGUCUAAACCUCAGAACACUUUUCUUGAGUCUCAAUUUGUUUGAGUUGUAACUGAUAAUAUUUAAUUUCUUUUACACCCACAAACUACCAAAUGAGUCCUGAAAUAUUGUGGAUUUAGUAAUGUGUUGAAGUAUUAGGAAAAUUGUACAUAAAUUGAAUUUGUGAAUAUUUGGUGCCUUGGUGGUCGUACACACCCACGUGUUUGAACAAUGAGGGAAGUUCUUUUUUUUUUUUGCUGUAGACUAAAGCGCCCCCCCCUCCUCAUAAAAAGAGAUGAAUAUGAGACUGUGAAACAACAGCUCAAGAUUUCAGCUUUCAUUUCCAGGCAUUUACAUCUGUAUCAUAUUCACAACUUAGAUGAUAAUAUUUUUAACCAAACACCACAUUUUAGUUGAGCCAAAGCACUGUAAAAGAUUAACGUGAAUAAGAUCGUUAUGUGGUAACUAAUCGUUUGUUUGUAAUUACUGUAUCAAGCCUGUGACCCAUUGACAUCCCCAAUCCUUUGCAUUCUUCUUUUGUGAUACUUUUUCUGAUGUCAUUGGUUUUGGGUGUAUUCCCCUCAGUCUCCUCUUUAGCAGGUAAAAUGCAUGCGCAAUAGAGUUUAAGUCUGGAAAUAGGCUUGCUGAAUGAUAAAUGACCUACCGAUCAGUGUGGUUGAAUCUUUCUGUAAUUUGGCUGACGAAGUUUUUCUGUAGACGUCUGAGUUCAUUUUUCUACUGCCACCAUGUUCUACAUCAACGAGGAUCAGUGAGUCUGUCCUAGAAAAACAUGUUGUUACCCUCACUGAGAUUCACAUAUGUUUGUAAGUUUGGGAUCAGCAGGAAACUCUGUCUCGAAGCUUUAUCCUUUCCAUCACUUUGGUAAAGGUCCAUCUUCGUCUUGUCAGUCCAUAACACCUUCUUCCAGAACUGUUUAAAAUCCUUCCAACUUUCUUUGCUUUUUUUUUAUUUAUUUUUUUUAUUGCUAAUGAGUGGUUCACAUCUUCUGCUGUAGCAUCUGUAGUUUUGGCUGUGAAAUCUUCUGUAAACAACAGAUUGUGAUACCUUCACUCCUGCUGUCUGGAGGUUGUUGCUGAUGACAAUAACAGUUGUUUUGGGUCCAACCUUAGAGCGUUUAGCAACGUUUUUGUAACCAACUGCUGCUGUUUUCCUCCACCAACCCAUUCAACGUCAGUUACUAACCUAAACAGUGGUUUCUUUCUUCUUCAGGACAUUCCAAAUGGUUGCAUUGGCUAUUGUUAAUUUUUGUGCAAUGGCUCUGAUUUAUCUUUUUUUUGGCUACACACAAUUCCUACAAAAUGGAUGUAGCUAGUAUAAAUGUCCUGCGAUUGGCUGGCGACCAGUUCGGGGUGUACCUUGCCUCCUGCCUGAAGCACUCCCAUGACCCUUGUGAGGAUAAGCGGCUCAGAAAAUGGAUGAAUGGAUGGUAUAAAUUUCUUCACAAACAAAACCCACAUAUAUAUAUAGAUUGAUAGAAGUCUCUAAAUUGCCCGUAGGUGUGAAUGUAAGUGCGAAUGGUUGUUUGUUUAUGUGUGCUCUGCGAUUGGCUAGCAACCAGUUCAGAGUGUGUACCCCGCCUCCUGCCCGAUGAUAGCUGGGAUAGGCUCCAGCUUGCCCGCGACCCUUAAGGAUAAGUGGCUCAGAAAAUGGAUGGAUGGAUGGAUAUAUAUAUAUAUAUAGAGAGAGAGAGAGAGAGAGAGAGAGAGAGCAAGAGUGUCAUAUUUCUUUUAUUGUCAAAUCCAAAUGCUUUGUCUACAGCAAAAAUUAAGGAAUUGGCCUCAUGUUCCAAUCCUUUUGGAUAGGAGUAUAUAUUUUGUAAAUGUCUUGUGGAUUGAUGUUGUUUUUCUAGUUACAGCACUUAGCUUUUUAGUCAGCUACUUCCCAUUACAGUUUUCUUUUGUAGGCAUAAUGAUUAGUCAGUCAAAUGCUUGCCCAAUCAAAUGGCAGAUAACCAGUAGUAAUGUAUUGAUUUGUCACAAACCCAUGGAAUGUUUUGGAUUUUUUCACUGCACACUUUUGAGCAGUGUCAUUAAAGCAGCUUGAUGAUUAAUUGUGGGUGACUAUUGUACAUAUAGUUAGACCAAAAAGAGGAUGCAAUCCAAACAAAAAUGGCAAAUUUCGUGGUUCUGGGCCUAACAGUAUCAAUCAUGGUUGAGUCGAUAAUAUACGUUGUUAGUCCACUCUCGAGAGAGAACUACAAAUACUGUAUUUCACUACAUUGCACAAUAGGUGAAAUGGGGGGUGUUAUUUUCCACUGUUAAGCAUCAGAUUGGCUCACGAGGGGUUCCUGUAGUAACAAUUUCCAAUUGAUUUACCAUACAAAACACUCUCCUACUGUUAUUUGGUCUGUUGUGGUCCGUUAGAAAGGAAGCAGACUGGUGAGCUGCUCUGUACUUCAUUAGUGCUUAACGUUUGUGUCAGUGGUCGACAUGAUGCACGUAAUCCAACUUGACAAAGCAGUGUGACCGUCUCUGUCAUGCAACCCACAAUAACGCCUCCUUUGCGCUGGUUGUCAUGUACAUUCACCCAAAAAUAAUGAAUGAAUGAAUGAACCACAGUCUCAUUUCCAUCAUCUCCAAAGUGUACUUUGGACGCAUUGUCUAUCCUGUGUGUGUGCUUCAUUUUCACAUUAUUCAACUAUGUCGCCUAGAUUCCUGUAAAUCCCUCCAAAUAAAAUUGCCUUUGUAAAAAUGAAGGCCUCCUGAUAAAUUUCUGGUACUCUCUACACAUUGUCAUUCAUUUCUCUCAAGAUUAUACAUUGUACUUUAGAAAAGUCAAUAU